GCUGAUUGGACACGGAGGCUAUGGGAGUGUCUACGCCGGGUUCAGGAAGACAGACAGCCAACCGGUGGCGCUGAAGUUUGUGGACCAGAGGAAGAUAACGAUGUGGGCUAAGAUGUCGGAGAGCGAAGAUGUGUUGCCGUUGGAGAUCGCUCUGCUGCGGCAGGUGUGUCGCUUGCCCAGGUGUAGAGGCGUGGCCCAACUCCUUGACUACUAUUGGAUGCCAGGGCCAGAGGGGGCGGGCGUAUAUCUGCUGGUUCUAGAGCGUCCAAUCCCCUGCUUGGAUCUCUUUAAUUAUAUGCAGGAGGGGAGUGGCUACUUGGAGGAGGGGAUGGCGCGUCAUGUGAUGCAGCAGGUGGUGUCUGCUCUGCUCCACUGCCACUCCAGGGGCGUGGUCCACAGAGACCUGAAACCUGAGAACAUCCUGGUCCAACUAACCAAUCACAACGUCCUGCUGCUAGACUUCGGCUCCGCCUCAGUACUCAAGGAGGGAGAAUACACCGAUGUGGCAGGUACUCCUGAGUAUCUUCCUCCAGAGACAGUACUGAGAGGGGAGUACUUUGCUGUUCCGGCCACCGUGUGGUCGCUGGGAAUACUGCUUUUCCAGAUGGUGUGGGGUGACGUUCCUUUCUACAGUGACACUAGCAUCGCCAAGGCAACCCUCUACUUUCCACGCGGAAUAUCCAGAGAUUGCCGUCACCUGAUUCGCCGGUGCCUCGCUGUCAGUCCAGACGACCGGCCAACCCUGGAGCAGUUACAGCAACACCCCUGGAUGCAAUAGAACAGACUACUACUGAUUUCACAUCUUGGAAAUAUUUCAUCUAUAAUGUCCUAAAUAAACA